AUGCCGCCUCCUUUACCACGAGCGCUCUUCCGGGCCCCGGGCCCCGCGGCGCAAACCUGCCUACGCUCAAUCGCCCGGCCAAGAACAUUCCCUUCAGCGCAAUCAUCACCACGCGCGACACCAACAACCCGCAAAUUCCACACCACCCCCCGCGCCCACGCCUCCGAACCAGCCCCAGACUUCCACUCCAUAGUCGACAACCCCCCGGAACUCGUCCGAGCAGGAAACCGCCACGGGCCAGGCCUCAUCAUCCUCGCCCUGAUCCCCAUCACAGCCUUCGCCCUCGGCACAUGGCAAGUCCAGCGCCUCGGCUGGAAGACGGACCUCAUCGCCAAGUUCGAGGACCGCCUCGAGAUGCUCAUCGGCCCGCGCAUGUGGGAGGGCGAGCAGGGGUAUAUGGUCGUGACGCCGCUCGAGAGGGAGGGGAGGCACGACGGUGCUGGUGAAUCGCGGGUGGAUCAGCAAGAGAUGGCGGAUCAGCGGCGGAGGCCUGGCGCGCCGCGUGGGAGGUCACGGUUGAGGGGUUGCUGCGGGAGCCGUGGAAGAAGAACAUGUUCACGCCUGAGAAUAGACCUGAUCGUUGGGAGUUUUUCUUCCCUGAUGUGCACCAGAUGGCGCAGCUGACGGGCAGUCAGCCUGUUUGGAUUGAGGCUACUAUAGGUAUGUUGUGGCCUGUUUCCUUAUUUCCCUGGAGUCUGAGCCGCCUUCUGGGGGGCUUGCUCUAAGAUUCAAAGCUCAUACUGACUUUCCUCGCAGAGCACGAGUUCUUCCGCAUUGUGGACCUCAAGUCCAAGGGUAUCCCUAUUGGUAGAGCCGCGGAGGUGAAUCUGCGGAAUAACCAUGCCCAGUACAUCUUCACAUGGUAAGUCCGACCAAUCCCUGCUUCGUAUAUCAUUCUCUUCCCGGCACGGUCAACCAUCGUCAGUACUAACACCAGAUAGGUAUGGUCUCGCGUUCGCCACCUCAAUCAUGUUGUGGAUGGUCGUCAAGAAGCCCCCAACCGAUACCGCGCGAAAGGUGCGCAUGAAUAAGCAUUGGUAAGGAUUUGCUCGGUUUUCUCUCAUUGGAGGGACCAACAUCGCAGUCGUAGUGGGAGCAAGUCGGACUCCUCAAGUCACUUCCUCCUGUCCGCCGUCGGUCACACG